CGGUAGCCUUGGUAGUUAUUCAGCCCUGGCACGGAUGCAAAACAAUAAAAGUUUGGGGAAUAUUUCAGUAAAACUUUAUAAAACAAACGAACGUGCAUGUCUACAUUUAUAGUAAUUAAAAUAUAGCACACACGCAGGACGUGUCGCACAAAUAUUUACAUUGCACCGACGCUCUCGUGCUGGUCGUGAUUUUAACAAAAUGAUUAAAUGCUCAAUAUGGUCGCUAUUCAAAUUGACGCUUGCAAUUGCGUUCUAUGCACCAGAUGCAAUUAAUGGCUAUAAAAUAGUUCGUCUGCAGGAUAAUUUGUGCUCGGACAAGCUAAUCUAUACGUUGUCCAAGGCUUUUCGCGGCGAUCCAAUGCUACGGUUAACCGAUGAGCACGAUUCCGCUGCAAUUAUAACUCAAACCUGGAAUGUAACUCUGCCCAGUGGAGGGCAUUCGGUUAAUAAAAUCAAGUAUGAUUGCCAGUUCCGGGUUCAGACCAAUGAGCGUCCACCGCGUGGCAUUUUCACGAUCAUCACACGGUUAAAGCUGCGCAGUGAUCCGGUGACCAAGAAAUGUAUAGACUAUAUACAGUUUAGUAGCGGCAAUCGAUCACCCAGCGAACGGAUUUGCAGCGACAUUUCCAUCAAUGGUCCCGCUGGCCGUUUAAUGUUCGAUCAGCGUGAUCGUGACGCACAUGUUCACAUAUUUAUCAAUCGGGAUCGGCAUAUAUUGGCAGAGCCACUUGAGCUACACAUGGUCCUGACGGCGCACUCCGAGUGUCAGUUUGCUGGCGAUAUUCUGUGCAAUCCAAAGGAUAAAUACUCCUGCAUAUCGCGUCAUUUUGUUCAAGACAAUAUAACAAACUGCAUGUAUCCAUGCCGGGAUGAGGGCACCUGCUUUCACGAUGCUAUUCCGCCUGAAGAAAUGGACACAACAAAUGUGGCCCUUUCGGCAAUUACAUCGCUCAUCUUUACCAUGGUGGGCGUAGGAUUUUGUGUGUGGAUCUGUUGGAAAUACUGGAACUGCAUUACAGUGCAGCAGCACGCCCACGAAGCAUCUGCAGCACGCUUCAAUCAACGACGUAACCGGUCCGAUGUGCCCACCAUAGAGCUGCCCACGGCAACUUCGUACGAUGGUGUGCUGACCCAGGAUAUGUCACCAGUGUCGCAGGGCCGUUAUCAGCAGCAGCAACAGCCGGCCACACCCAAAGAUCUGCCGCCCAGCUACGAAUCACUGUUCCCCGAUAGAUAAGAGAUGCCUAUAGUGCAUUAAGCUGAUUGCUCCCGUUUUUGUGCCAGGCAGAUAGGAAUCAGUAGUUGUUGGCGCCAAACUUCAAACUCCAAACUCGAACUCACAUUUAUUGCAGAACAAUUGUUGUAACAGUUCCAUUCCUAAUUAGGUAUUUGUUCAAUUACAAGGAAGUAAUU